AUGGGUGGGGCCAUGCUCAAUAAAUCUUUAAUCCAAUUUUCUGUUGAUGGCCAGGGCUGUGUUCCCUCCCUGUUGUUUGACUUGAGGCCAAACUAUGGUGGAGGUAAUGAAGAUAAUGGCGACUUCCUUCAAAAGGUCCCACCCGCUGCAUUGCCGCAUUCCAUGCCCUGGACACUGCAGCAGGCCACCAUUCACCCAUGCCUCCGCAGAAGACUCCUAGACACUCACAGAGAAGUCUGGGUCAGGCUCUUGUCAGGUCACUGCUCCUUUCUCCUGGGUCCUAGUGCGCACCAGGUUCUAUGUGCCCUCUAA